CCCUCCUGCCACUCCUGAGAGCACGAGAGAGGACAAAAGUUGGGGAUUAAGCGCUGGUCCUCAGAGAGGAAAGGCUAAAGGCAGGCCAUGUACCUACAUUUUUGUUACGAUAGCUCGUUUCCAGACGCGCUAAGGAUAUAAUGUUGGAAAAGUUUUGAUUUCAGAUUGGACACAGCGUUACAUGAUCUCAGAAACUUUGAUGGAAUAAUUUACACUCAGCAGGAGAACAGUGUCUAUUUAGUAUAGCCUACUGUGUUUUUCAAGUUCUGUUUUAAUGACUUUUUUCAGCUUCUCUGGUGGGAUUGCUGUCGCUGGUCACUUUUUUUCGCCACUGAGUUUCUGGAUGGCGUAGGUGGUGGCAGGAGUUUCAGAAUCACCGUUCUAGGUCAAGGAUUUAAUAUUUUCAACAUAAAUGGUCCAGGAUAUUGAACGUGAAACAUAUCGGAGUACUUAACGCCAGUGAAAGGCAAUCAUCGUCACUUUCUGAGAGGAGUAUGCGGAGUAAAAACGGCGUCUAGAAGGAUGCUGCUGCUUGUACAAUGGAAUUGAAGAACACUUUUGCUGUUGUUGCGGUGGUUUGUCUCUUCUUUUGCUCCAGUUCCUGCCAAGAACUCAACCCUAAAGGACGGAAUGUAUGCAGAGCACUUGGGUCGUCAGGGUUUGUGUGUUGCAGUGGAUGGGGGCAGCUAGGGGAUGAAUGCCUGACACCUCUCUGUGAAGGCAACUUCACCUGCAAGGAGAAUGAGGUGUGUGUCAGGCCCAAUGAAUGUCGCUGUCGUCAUGGAUACUUCGGAGCUACCUGUGAUACUAAGUGCCCUGCACAGUUCUGGGGACCUGACUGUAAGGGGAAAUGUAACUGUUACCCCAACGGCCAGUGUAACGACUUCACCGGCCAGUGUACCUGCAACCACAACCGUUGGGGACCUAAUUGUGAGAAUGCCUGUAUGUGCCAAAAGGGCAAGUGUGACCAAGAGACGGGCAAAUGCUCAUGCCAUCCUGGUGCCUGGGGCCCCCAGUGCAACAACAACUGCUACUGCAGCAUCCACUCCACCUGCGAUGCAAUGACAGGGCGAUGCAUGUGCAAUCCUGGCUGGACAGGGAGGAACUGUGCCAUCCAGUGUAACUGUAACAACUCACCAUGCGACCAGUUCACAGGACGCUGCCAGUGUAAAGAGACACUUUGGGGUCCCCGGUGUGAAAGAUACUGCCAGUGUAUCCACGGCAACUGCAACCAGGCAGACGGCUCGUGUACCUGCAUACCAGGGUACCGUGGGAAGUUCUGCAGGGAGCCAUGUCCUGCAGGGUUCUACGGUCAGAACUGCAGGAACAGGUGUGGGCACUGCAAGGGCCAGCAGCCCUGUAAGGUGACGGAGGGACGCUGCAUUACCUGCGACAGAGGCUGGAACGGGACACGGUGUGACCAGCUCUGCUCCAAAGGCUUCUUCGGCGACAACUGCCAGGAGGUGUGUCCAACCUGCAAAGACGGACACCACUGCGACCCUAUUCAGGGCAAGUGCUCCCACUGUAACCCUGGCUGGAUUGGGGACAGGUGUGAGGUGCGCUGCCCCAAUGGCACAUAUGGCGAGAACUGCGAGAACAACUGCUGUCACUGCUUUAAUGGCAUCUGUCAUGUUGUCACUGGAGAGUGCCUGUGUGACCCGGGGUUUUAUGGCACCUACUGUAAUAUGACCUGUCAACCUGGCCAGUAUGGAGUGAACUGCAACCAAACCUGCUCCUGCAAUGACAAGAACUGUGAUCCCGUGUCUGGUGCUUGUUAUUUACAGCCCAACCAGCGGAUGGGUGUGAUUGCGGCUGGAACCCUGGUCGCUUUUUUGCUGAUUGUCCUGCUCUCGCUGCUGUGCUGCUGCUGCCUAUGCCGACACAAAGACGACCACAACAAAAAAGCCAAACGGAUCCUGUGUGGACGAUUCAGCCGAAUCAGCACUAAACUUCCCCGUAUUCCACUGAGGCGACAGAAACUGCCCAAAGUAGUCGUAGCCCACCAUGACCCAGAGAACACCUUCAACUGCAGCUUCAUAGAGCCCCCGUCAGUAGCGGAGCAGCCCUCCCCCUCCUCCUGGUCAUCCCAGGAGUCUUUCUCUUCCUUUGAGAGCGGAGACGAGGGGCCAGUUUACUGCGUGCCCCAUGAAGACUCGGUAAAUGAAAGCAAAGAGAAGCAGAGCCCCAGCCCAGCAGCAGAAAAGCCAGAAGCUGACCUUACUGAGGAGGAUGCAGGGGAGUACACCUCCCUGAAAGACACAAGUGUUACAAAACCAGAAGGCAACGAGCAGCCCCUGCUCAAGUCCUCUGACAGUGAAGGCUCUACCAGUGGCUCUGAAUCCAAUACUGGAGCCCUCUACGCCCGCAUCGCCCGCCUCUCUAAGCAGUCCAAGGAGGAUGAUGGAAUUGGCAAGGACAGGGAUGGCACUCCUACACCAGAGGCUAAGCGCAAUGGAAAGCCACCACCCUCACCUGGCAAACCAAAACCACGGCCACCAGACCCAUCCACUAAGCCCAAGGUAUCAUGGAUACAUGGGAAUACUACAGGGUCUCCCCAACCAGAACAGCAGGGGCAUGGGGGAAAUAAGGCACUGUCAGUGCCAAAGGAGAAAAAGAGGAGCUCCAGCGAUGGCUCAUCCAAGAGUGAGGAGCGGCAUAAGAUGAAGGAGAAGAGCCGUGAACAACAAAAGAAACAGGAGGUUAAAGAGGCAGAAGUCAACGGCUCCCCAAGCAAACACAAAGUUCUGCGGGUUAAGAAGUCUGGGGACGAACACAGCAGUCCCACUCACAUGGAACACAUCAACGGUGUAGUUCAAAAUGCCCUAAAGAAGAUCAGCAACUUCCACAGCUCCUCAUCUGAGAAGAAGAAUGCUGAUAUUCCGAAGGAGACGCCAAAGGAGCCACCAAAGAGCCCCAAAGUCAUCCACCCUCACAUGAACUCAGAGGCUGCCACACUCUUGGCUGCUCAGCUCAAAGAGAAAACUCAAAGCAUUAACAGAAAUGAGGGAACAGGUCUGACAAAGACCAAUGGUCUCUCCACACCCAAGGGAAACCGGGAGAAGCCGACACCACCACAGAAAGCCAAGAGGACCCCAUCUGGUGGACCAGGUCAGCAGGGCUCCACUAAGCCUCUGCUGCCCACCUCAAACAGCCUUCAGAAGAUGGUGGCACCUGUCACCACCGACCCAGGGACCCCUGACACCACGAGCCCGGAGAAGCAGGACUUGAACGGCUCAAAGGCAGGGGACUCGACGUUGGACCCUACACCAAAGAAGACUCCCAUGAAAAAGCCUCCCAGGAAGAAAGGCAAGGAUGGUACUUUGGAAACAUCAGAAAGUAAAACACCCCAGCAAAAGACAGCCAUUAUGCCACCACAAGUAGUGAAAUAAGUGUUUCGAAAGCAUAUGGCCAAAUGUUUUUGAUGGAUCUGAAUGAGACUUAAAAGGAUUUGUUGGAAGAAGAACCAAAUAUUUUUUUUGUAAAGGAUUUUAAACAUUUUCUGUGUAAGUGUUCAGUGACUCCAGGACCAGUCAACAAUGAGAAAUGUUUUUAAAUGGAAGGCGCAGUUGAGUCAUAUUGGUGAGUUGUAUUAUAAUGCCUUCUAUGCACCAUUGUAUUUCUUUUCAAGAAGCCUGUUUUUAUAAAUACUGCGUACCAAUCUCAAACCACAACCUGCGGCUAAGCAGGGCACAGCUGUGAGAACAGCCGUGCACAGAUAUAUUCCAUAGUUUACUCAUCUCUAUUCAUCCACCACUAUAUUUAUACAUGGAUUGCUUUUGAGGUUGAAUAACUGUAAUUUUCUAUGAUGAUGGAAAAAUAGCUUUCUUUUAUGUAUGCUUUUCACAGGUACUAAAGGUACUAAAUGAUGCCAAAAUUCAGCCCUAUGAGAGCUACUUCUGGGUCUUUUUUCGUUCUCAUCUAUAAGAACUAACAUGCACAAAUACAGUUCCAUAGUUUAAGCCAUCCUAGAAAGACAUUUUAUCAUUCUGCAUUUGAAGACUUUUAGCAGAUGAUAGUCUCAUUCAUUAUAGUUACAUGAGAGCAAUCUACUUUUUUACGGAAGCAAGUUAGUGAUAUAUGACACUGUUAGAAAUGCGUUUCUUUAAUCAACUUGAUUUGCCAUCCCAAAGUACACAUGUACAAAGAACACAAGUUAUGCCACUUUACGGACUUCAAUAGUCAUCAGUGCUUGAGAAUCAUCAGAAUAUGCUCUUUCUUUCUGUUUGAUUAAGUCAGCUUGACCAAAAAAGUGAACCCUCUCUAUACUAUGACUUCACUUUUUGUAUUGCUUUUGAAUCACUCUAAACACAGGGACCUUUCCUCUAUUAAAGCAACAUCUCCAGUUUUCUUCUACUGUAUGUCGGAAAACAUACAACAGGACAAUCUCCUCUGUGUAUCAGAAGCAAGACUUUCUUUAAGUAGUAGUUUUAAACUGCAUUCUCUCAGAAUGAGGCUGCCUUGUAUCUUUUUUUCAGAGUCAAGAAACUAGGUCAGUAUUGUCAUUGGGCUUUUCUCAUUUCACAUGAAUUUGUUUAUGCCAUAGGGGUAGGGUGUGCAAACAAAUCUUGUGUCAUUUUUUUUUUUUUAACCUUAAGGAUCAAAUUAUCUUAAGCUAGUACAUUUAUGCUGAAGUCCUGGGUGCUUUAGUUUCAUAUUUUAGGAUAAGGUUUAAUGGUACCGUGCCUCAAAUGUGUCAACUGUGGAUCAGUUUAAGCAGAAGAAGCUAUAUUUUACUAAAUGAUGUUGUCAGCUUUUAUGUCAAGUGUUGAUCCUAAAAUAAGCAAACCAAAAAAAGAAGGUGGGUUGGGUUCUUUGAACUGGAUUAAUUCAGGUUGUCUUUGAAAAGUAGCACUCAAAACAUGAGCUAUAGCGAAUGGAUGAUUGGUAUGUAUGCAGCAAAUAAAAAUGCUAUUGUGAAUGUUUCGUAUUCUUCAGCCAUAAACAUGCCAAGUAGUUUGAAAAUGGUCCUUGGUUUUAUAUGUUUUUUUAACAAGGUACAACACUUUCCCUCAGUUUCUUUUCCAACAUUUUCGACUUGUAUACAUCGUGUACUUUUUAUUAUCUUUGUAAGCUGUGCUUAUAUGACCUUUUUAGUUCUUUUGUUUUCCUUGGUGUCAAUGAACUGGCUUUCAUUUCUUGUUUGCUUUUUUUUUGCGAUGUUGCUUAUUUUUGGCUCUGAAGCAAGCCUACAGUAUGAGUUCUUUUCCUCCUGUUAAGUUUACAUUGGCUUGUAAUUGUUCUCUGUUGAUGUUAUUGUUUGUAUAACACUUAACUGCAUGACGCAGAGUGUAAUUAUAUGGCACUGAUAGCUGCACAGGAAAUCUGUAACCUUCUUGUUCCCUCCCGUUACUAUUGCCUCUCGUAAAAAAAAUAACUCAUACAGAAAGGAUUGUACAAUAUUACCAUGAUACAACUGUUGAAACAAUAGCAUAUACUUAAAAGAAACAUAACAUUGUGUUAUAUGAAGUGGCAUUUUUUUUUUUUAUCUGACUGGCCCGUGCCUGUUUUUAUAGGCUCACAGUACAUUUUUUAAAGAAGGGCCUGAAAAGCUGCAAAAACAUUAACAAUUGUAAGGUAUAUCUUUGAUUUCCAUGUGUGUAUGGUCAUUGAAUUGUUGUGUCCUCAUUUACUUCUUUGGAAUAAAAAAGCAAUACAUUUAGCUCUAGUCAAACAGAA